CCUAAAGUAUACAUAAGAUGUCAAACUUCUAGGUGGCUCUAGUUUGGUCCACCAGUGAAGGUGUAAGGGGGCAAUGGGCUGCUAAACAUCAGGACCGACUCCAAGUAGUUUGGGAUUUCAUCAUCUCAAACAUUAAGAUGCAUUCUCUACCAUUGAUCAUCUUUUCGUUGGUCUGUGUGAUUCCACCAGGAAAAUCUCUGGAUGUAUUUGAUAGAUCGGACUGGUCCUCACUGUCAAGAUGCAGUCUUUUUGGUAAAAAUCACAUCCGGACAUUUGAUGGAACAUUCUAUGAAUUUAAUGGUGACUGUAGCUACAUGUUGGCUGGAGACUGUCACAAGCAUUCAUUCUCACUACUAGUGGACUACAGAAAUGGCAAAAAGAACAGUGUAUCAAUGUAUCUGGGAGAAUAUUAUGACGUUCAUAUGUUCUUAGAUGGGACAGCGACUGAAGGAGAGAAAAGCAUUACUAUGCCGUAUGCCACAAAUGGGAUUUUCUUGGAGAAUGAGGCUGGAUACUAUAAACUCUCCAGUGAAGAACAUGGUAUAAUGGUGAAGAUCGACGUCAGUGGGAAUAUGCAGAUCAUACUGUCUAAUGAACAUUUUAACAGGACGUGUGGAUUAUGUGGCAACUUCAACCAGUUUGCAGAAGAUGAUUAUUUGACUCAAGAAGGUAUUUUGGCUGAAAAGAGCUAUGAAUUUGCCAAUUCCUGGGCACUGCAUGGUGGUGAUAAGAGAUGCAAAAGAAUUUAUCCUCCCAGUAACACAUGCAAUAUUUCAUCUGAAGCAGCGGAGAAGGACUUCAUACAGAGAUGUCAGGAUCUGAAAACAUCCCCGGUGUUUAUGAAAUGUCACCAUGAUGUCAACCCUGAUCCCUUCAUUGCCAUCUGUGAAAACGACAUGUGUGAAUGUGCAGAGGAUGUGCAAUGUCCAUGUCACACCUUCCUGGAAUAUGCGAGAGCGUGCGCCCAGCAAGGCGUUAUUGUCAGCAGCUGGCCAAUAGAAACUGCCUGCAAGCCUCAGUGUCCACAUGGAAUGGUUUACAAUGAGUGUGUGUCGCCAUGUGUUAAAUCCUGCCAGAGUCUCAACAUUAAUGAAGUGUGCCAAAAACAGUGUACUGAUGGAUGUAGUUGUCCGGAUGGAAAAGUGCUUGAUGGAUCUCGUUGUGUCAUACCCUCAGAGUGCUCCUGUAUUCAUUCUGGUAACCGAUAUCCUGUAGGGUCCACAAUCAAAGCAGACUGUAAUACUUGUUCCUGCAAAAGUGGGCUCUGGGACUGCAGCAAUGAAGAUUGCCCAGGGGAAUGCUACGUCACUGGACAAUCACACUUUAAGAGCUUUGACAACAAGCAGUUUACCUUCAGCGGGAUCUGUCAUUACUUACUUGCAAAAGACAUGGUGGAUGCAACUUUCUCCGUGGCCAUUGAAACUGUGCAGUGUGCAGAUGACCCUGAUGCUGUGUGCACCAGAUCAGCCACUGUGCGUCUCCUGGACAUGCAUAAUAUUACAUUGAAACUGAAACAUGGGGGAGGAGUCUCCAUAGACGGACAGGACAUCAUGCUUCCUUUGCUGCACGGUUCCCUUCGGAUCCAGACAACAGCUUUAUCAUCAGUACGUCUCUCAUAUCGGGAGGAUCUACAGAUUGAUUGGGAUGGUCAUGGAAAACUGAUCAUUAAGCUUUCUCCAGUUUUUGCUGAAUCCACUAGUGGCCUUUGCGGGAACUAUAAUGGAAAUCAAGGUGAUGACUUCCUUACACCUUCAGGAAUUGUUGAGGCCAGUGUUGAAGACUUUGGAAAUUCUUGGAAACUAAACGGUGACUGUGCAGAUCUGAUUAAACAAGACACUGAUCCAUGUAGUCUGAACCCCAGAAGAGCCAGAUAUGCAGAGGAAGCCUGCUCCACCCUCAUGGAGUACACAUUCCAGCCGUGUCACAGUGAGGUCAACCCCCUGCCAUAUCUGAAGAAUUGCCGCUAUGACGUUUGCUCUUGUUCUGAUGGGAAGGAAUGUAUGUGUUCUGCCAUUUCGACCUAUGCCAUGGUCUGCUCCAGGAAAGGCGUUCUCAUUGAGUGGAGGUCACCUGAAUUUUGCUCAAUCAGAUGUUCUGAAGGGAAGAUUUACCAGCAGUGCGGAAGUCCCUGUAACCAGACCUGCAGAUCAUUGUCUCAUCCUGACAGCAACUGCAGAGAGUUCUGUAUGGAAGGAUGUUACUGCCCCCCUGGACUGUACACCAAUGAGUUUGGAGAAUGUGUUCCCAAGUCCGAGUGCUCAUGUUAUUAUGAUGGGGAGUUAUUUCAACCAGAUGAUGUGUUCUCAGAUCACCAUUCUAUGUGCUACUGUGAGAAUGGACUGAUGCAUUGCACUUCGAAUGAUGUACCAGGAGCCUAUUAUGCAGAUGCCUUUUUCAGCCAGUCUGCCAGAGUAAAAAGAAGCGCAGAUUGUCGGCCUCCAAUGAAAAAAGUUGUAUGCUCUCCUGAUGAUCCAUCAGUUAAAGGAACAGAGUGCGCCAAAUCUUGUGAAAAUUAUGAAGCAGAGUGCAUGAGUAGCAAAUGUACCUCAGGAUGUAUGUGCCCAGAUGGGAUGGUCCGGCAUAAUAACAGGUGUAUAUUUCCUCAUAAGUGUCCAUGUAGACAUGCAGGGAAGGACUAUGCUCCCGGGGAGUCAGUGAACCAAGACUGUAACACAUGUAUUUGUCGAGGUAGAAGAUGGGAAUGUACAAAAAAUGUUUGUGAUGGUACCUGUUCAGCCAUCGGAGUGUCACACUACUUUACAUUUGACGGCAUGGUUUACAAUUUCCCUGGAGACUGCCAGUAUGUGUUAGCUCAGGAUUUUUGUGGUGGUGAACUUGGAACUUUCCGUAUCCUUGUGGGAAAUAUUGGUUGUGGAUUCAGUGGAGACAGAUGUACCAAGAAGAUUACAAUUCUGUUUAGAAAUGGAGAAAUUUUGUUAGAAAAUCAACAGGUCAAUAUCAGGAAACCUCUGAGCAGUGAGAUUGGUUUCGACAUACAGCAGUCUGGUAACUACUUUAUUUUAAAACUUGGAAGGGAAAUAUCUGUCACGUGGGAUAAAGGGAAACGAGUCUACGUCACCUUGAAUGGAUCCUUAAGGAACAAAGUCUGUGGCUUGUGUGGAAACUUUGAUGGAAUUGAAAACAACGAUUUGAUGAGUAGUAAUAAUCAGGUGGAAAAUAACCCAAGUAACUUUGGAAAUUCUUGGAAAGUGAAGCAUGCUUGUGCUGAUGUUGCAAUGAUCACCCCCAUCUCAAGCAUGCCAUUGUGUCAAGGCAAUGCCCUGAAACAAGCCGCAGUAGAAAAUGCCUGCGAGAUUUUAUGGGAUGACAUUUUUAAAGAUUGUCAUAAACUGGUUGAUCCGGUGCAGUACCAUGAUGUCUGCACUUAUGAUACAUGCAUUUGUGAAUCUAUCGGGGACUGUGCGUGCUUCUGUGACUCUAUUGCAGCCUAUGCUCAUGCAUGUGCUCAGGAAGGAGUUCAUGUGCAAUGGAGGUCAUCCCAUUUUUGUCCUCAGAGUUGUGAAGAGAAGAAUGUGAAGGAGCUGGACUAUGUGUGUGAAUGGAGAUACAACAGUUGUGCACCAGCUUGUCCAGUGACCUGCCAACACCCCGAACCCUCAAGUUGUCCCCUUAAAUGUGUGGAAGGUUGCCAAGCACACUGCCCUCCUGGUAAAAUCCUGAAUGAGGUAACUGGAACAUGUAUUGACCUUCAAGACUGCCCUGUGUGUGUGGUUGAAGGACGGCGUAUUCCACAUGGAAAGUACAUUUUAUUGAACCAAGAUGAACCUUCACUUUGCCAGCAAUGCCAUUGUGAAGAACAAACUCUAAAGUGCAGUGCUUGUGAUGUACAUACAACAACAAGAUCACCACCUACUGAGCCACAACUCCCUCCGGAAGAACCAACUCCAGAACCUACACCAUAUGAAGAGUAUGAGGGAACAGUUGCACCUGGGACAUAUAACUGUGAAAAAGCCAUGGACCUGGUUUUCCUUGUUGAUGGUUCCUCCAAACUUUCUCGAACUGAUUUUGAAACUGUAAAAGAUUUUAUUGUCAGUAUUAUGGAAAAAAUACGUAUUUCACAAAAAAGAAUUCGAGUCUGUGUUGUCCAGUACAAUUCUACACACACACCUAAAUUAUUUAGCCUUAAUGAGAGACGGAAACUCUCUGAUAUGGUUACUCAAGUAAAAAAUAUGAAAUAUAUGGGAAGUCCAACAUCUUCUGCUGCUGAGGCAAUAAAAUUUACAAAUUCAUAUGUGUUCGAUCUGGCCAAGAGGGACAAUGCACCAAGAAUGGUCUUAUUACUUACAGCCUCCAAAAGUUCAAAAAGCUUAACAAGUAUAAGACUUGGGAUAAAAAAGCGUAAAGUCACUCUGAUUCCAAUUGGGAUAGGUCCUUACGUUGACAUGGGUGACAUUGAAUUCAUUGAAAAGCAAUCACCAAUGAACAAACCAUUCAUUGUGCCCAAAGUUGAUGAUUUAAUGACCCGCAAGAAUGAAAUUAUCGACUACUUAUGUGACUUAGUACCAGAACCAACACAAGGUACAAUAACAAAAUCCAAAACUCAAACAGAGUCUUCAAGAAAGAUUACCACCACCACCACUAUUGCAGAGACUCGGAGAAAUAUCCCCACCACUACACCAGCCCCAGUCCCCAUCCCUCCUGAUAGAGAACUUACUAUUGCAUUUGAAGGCUCUGUCGACAUUGAGAAAAUUAAGAUUUUCCUUGAAGAUUUGAUUCAGAGAAUGGAUAUCGGUGAAGAAACCAUUCAUAUCACCAUCAUACAGUAUUCUUUCACUGUAACUGUUGAAUUCACCUUUACAGGGAAACUACAAAAACAGAACAUAAUCAAACAGAUUAGAAAAAUUGAAUACAGGGGUGGAAAUGCCACCAACACCGGAGAAGUUCUUCGAUACAUCAGCAAACACACAUUGAGGAAAGACUUUGAAAGUAGUCACUCAAAUCCUCCCUUGGUGUAUAUGAUACAAGAAAAUCCACCAACUGAUGUCAUAAGAAAAGAGGAAAAUAUAAAUGUAUUUCCAAUAUCAGUUGGCACAAAAGCUCCUAUAAAAGAGUUGGAUAUCUUCGGAGAUCAAAGAGUUUUUAAAAAUUAUGAUCAAUUGUCAAGUAUAACAGAAGAGAUAAUCACAGGUUGUUGUUCUAGAAUUGAUCAACCAACACAUAUCCCUGUCGUACCAUGCAUGAAACAAAUGGAUGUCAUAUUCGUAGUGGACGGUGGAUUGAAUGUCAAAGAAUCUGAAUUUGAGUAUAUGAAAACAUUUGUGAAGAAUUUUAUAAAAAAAGCACACAUUGGUCAUGAUGCAACUCAAGUGGCUGUGCUUCAGUACGGAUGGGCACCUACAAUGGAGGUUGCAUGGACAGACCCUCAAGACAAGAUAAGUCUUCUUAAAGCAGUUGACACCAUGCAGAAAAUGGGAGAAGGAUCAGGCAAAAUUGGAGACGCAUUGGAUUUUGCAGUCCAAAGUGCUGUGUCAAAAAUACAUGGGGCAAGGCCUCUUUCUUCUAAGAUUGCAGUCCUCAUUGUAGCAGACAAGUCCUCGGAUCAAGUGGAUUAUGCAGCCACCUUUGCAACAGCAAAUCUGUUAUCAGUAUUUCCGAUCGGAGUUGGAUCCAGGUAUGAUGAUGAUGAACUGGUAAAGCUUGCCGGACCAUCUGGUAUCCACAAGAUCACAAAAGUACAACUUUUUGAUGAUUUGCCAACUAUGCUUCUUCUUCGUGAUGACUUCAUCAACAAACUUUGCACUGAUUCUGUAAACGUUUGCAUUGAUGAGGAUGGAAAUCCAAGAAAGGCUGGAGAUACAUGGACACUACCGGACAAAUGUCACAUAAUCACCUGCCUGGAUGGUGGCAUGACCAAAGUAAGCAACAUUGGAGUAGACUGUACAAAGAUACCACAACCAAUCUGUGACAAUGAUCUACCAGCAAUAAAGAUUAAGGAGAGAUGUGGAUGUCGAUGGGUGUGUCCAUGUAUAUGUAAAGGAAGUUCCAGCCGACACAUCGUUACAUUUGAUGGACUUAAUUUUAAACUCCUCAGUAAUUGUUCCUACGUGUUGUUUAAUGACAAAAAGAACAAUCUCAAAGUCACCCUGCAGAAUGGUGACUGUGGGUUAUCGAGUGGUCAGACCUGCAUGGAUUCUGUGAGUGUGAAGUACAAUGGGGACACCGCAAAGCUUUCAUACAAUAUGCAGGUCUCUGUCAAUGGAGAGCUAGUCCAGGUGCCUUACAACAACACUUUUGAAGUGGGUGUUUUUGGAGCCAUCAUGCAUAAUAUGAAAAUCCCUGAGCUUGGAUUUGCUUUUUCAUUCACACCAAUAAACAAUGAAUUUAUACUUGAGUUCAUCCCACAUGGAUUCUCGUCAAGGACUUCAGGGCUUUGUGGAAUAUGUGACCACAACCCAGUGAAUGACUUUACACUCAGGGACGGCUCAGUUACAAGAGACAGCAGCAGAUUCAUUAAGGAAUGGACCAUGGUUGAUGAGUUUGGAAGAACAUGCGAAACCAGACUGGAUGAUGUGUGCAGCCAGUCUCCAAGUCAUCAGUGUAACAUUGUGCUUUCCAAAGCAUUCGAGCAAUGCCACUCCAAAAUUCAGCCAAGUGAUUAUUUUAAGUUAUGUCAAGAGUCCAGCUGCCAUGGUCAGGAUCCCUGUGAGAUCAUUGCAAGUUACAGCCACCUUUGCAGGCUUCAUGGAUUGUGCAUAGACUGGAGGUCCUCAGAUAUAUGCCCAAUGGCCUGCCCUAAUACCAUGGUAUAUAAUCAUUGCCAUGUAGGAUGUGACAAGAACUGUGACAAGACAAACAGCAAAAAUAUGUGUUUUGAGUCUGACCACCGAAUAGAAGGGUGCUUCUGCCCAGAUGGAGAGGUGAAGGUUAAUGGGAAAUGUGUUUCAGAAAGUGUUUGCAACCAGUGCACAGAUGAAUAUGGAGACCACCACAAGCAUUUGGAAACAUGGAUACCUUUACACAACCCCUGCAGUAUCUGCAUAUGCCUAGACGACAGGAUCACCAACUGCUCACUGAAGCCAUGUCCAACCAUCAAGCCUCCUACUUGUGGCCCAUGUGAAAUUCCAUCACGUAAACGGAGUUCUGAUCAAUGUUGCUCGGAGUAUGAAUGUGUUUGUGAUAAAAGCUCCUGUGAAAUCCCUCCAGUGCCACACUGUGAGAAUGGAAUGGAACUAGUACUGACCAACCGAGGAGAGUGCAAACCCAUCUAUGAGUGUGUCUGCAGAAGAGAAACGUGUCCUUUGUUAAGGCGUCCCAGUUGCCCACCUUACAAAAGGCUUUCUUUGAAGAACACAGAGUGCUGUGAUACCUACCAAUGUAUAUGCAGCUGCACCAAUUCGACAGACACUUGUCCUUCUGGAUAUAUAUCUUCUAUCCACAUCAACGAGUGUGGCUGCACCAGUGUGACAUGUAAUGCAGAUAAGGUCUGUGUACAUAAGAAUAAUGUCUACCAUGCUGGAAGUUCAUGGGAAGAUGGCUGCCUGAUUUGUAAGUGCACUGAUACGAUCGACCCUAUCACAAGCCUUCUCAGUGUGAUGUGUGAGAAAAAGCCGUGUGAUGAAAACUGCAGACCAGGAUUUAAGUAUGUGACUAAGGAACAUGAAUGCUGUGGAACCUGUAGGAGGGCCGUGUGUGAACAGGAGGUGAUCUCCAGAAGGAGAGGAGACGUUGGGGGAUCAGACAAUGACAAGCGCUACUAUAGUGUUGGUGCGAGGUGGACAUCUCCUUAUGAUCCUUGUAUCAUUAAUGAAUGCGCCCAAGUGAAUGGAGAAGUCUUCACACUGCAGAGAAACAUCACCUGCUCUGACAUAGAGACCAAGAAAUGUCCUACAGGCUUUGAGCUGAGCUGCACACAUAGUUCAGAAUGCUGUCCUGUCUGCCAAUGUGAACCUAUUCCUGGCUGCCUCCUAAAUGGAACUAUCAUUGGGCCUGAAAAAACUUUAAUGAUUGAUGAAUGUUCCUCCUGUGAAUGCAGUGUUACCAGUGGGCUCAUUACAAGCUAUAAACUUUCCUGUAGACGGGUCCGCUGUGAGCCAUGUCCAGAGAAUACAGUUUUACAGAAGACCAGUGAUCGUGUUGUGGUAAAUGUGUACUGACAGCCUGUCCUGUCACCAUGAAGAAUGGUAAUCGUGUCACUGUAGAGCCCAAUGAAACUUUACGAGAUGGCUGUAACUCUUACACCUGCAAAGUAAAUGAGCAAGGUGGCCUAAUGUUGGUUACUAGCAAGACUACAUGCCCUGAUUUUAGUCGAGAAAAAUGUCUGGCCGAUGGGGGUAAAAUCAAACAACUUGAUGAUUCUUGCUGUGAAACCUGUAUGGAGCCAGAAUGUAAACAAACAGGAGUUCCCAAAUACAUUCAAUUGACGACUGUUGUCAGAGCGGAGUUUAAGCAUACUGUCUUGUAAGGGUAAAUGCACCAGUGCAUCCAUCUACAACAUGAAAACUCGGAAUAUGGAAGACCAAUGCACCUGUUGCUCAGCAACACAGACUGAACUGAUAAAUGUUUCUCUCAGAUGCACCAAUGGGACUACAGUAGAACACGAAGUUACUCAAGCCACAAACUGUGAAUGUGUGUCCCGGAAAUGUAACAAAUAAUUAUAUCUGACUACUGCUGUGUAAGACUAUACACUGUGCCCAUCUAUACCAUGCCUUUUUCUGCAUUUUGAGCCUUUAUGACCUAAAUUGUGGGAGCUUUGUUGCUGGAAGAAAAAGUUGCUGAAAAUAGCAAAUGACACAUCAACACCAAUAGUUAUAUAGCUGCAAAGCAAUGCCUCGACCCAUUAUGUGCAAUUUAAAGUGUUUUACAUUUUUAAUUUUUUUCUUGCGGACAAAUUCUUCUAUGAAGCAGAACACAUAGAGUAUUUUAUAUUUUCACUAAUAAUGCACUUAAAGCUAUGACUACUUUGAUUUACAUUUAGUAUAAAAAUGUAAGUUCUGUGUUGUAGUUGGUAAAUCCAUUCAGCUGAUGGAAUAAUACUAUAUAUACUGAAAGAAGCAGGAAAUGUAACUACUGCCUUCACAAAACCACUGUGUUAAAUAUUAAUGCAAUACUGUCAUUGAUGUUCUUUAUGCAUUUUCUUCUUUAAUUUGUAAAAAAAACAAAGACUAGAAUAUAAAUAAAGUGAAUUUUAUAAACACUA